AUGUUAAUGCGUGUGGCUGAGAGUGGGGAGGAGUGCAGGUGAGGCGAUGAAAAGCUACAGCAGAGCAACCUGUACUGCACCACUUCCAGACACACUGACAACAAGAGCGACAGCAGCAGCAGCAGCUCCAGUGCGGCGAGAGAGCCAUCCUGACACAAAAUGAGUGCCAAAGACCCGCCGCCCUACGUCAUACCAGUGGAGGGCAAAGGGGACAACGUGAAAGUCUACAAGGUGCACACGCCGUUCAACCCGGGUUCCUCCACCCAUGAAGACUAUCAAAUCAAAACCCACGCCACAAGCGUUCAGUCCUCGUCGGCUGAUGAAGGCAAGAAUAAGUUUGUAAGCUACGACUCGGAGCUGGGCCGCACACCGGGGAUGACCACCUGCACGACCUGCCGUGAGCAGGUGCUCACCAACGUCGACUACAAAGUGGGCGCCUUCGCCUGGCUCAUGUGCAUCCUGUUCAUCCUGUGCGGGUUGGUGAUCGGCUGCUGUCUGAUCCCCUUCUUCGUCAAGCACUUUAAAGACGCCUACCACUCGUGCCCCAGGUGCAAACGGAUUCUCCACGUGGAGAAGAAGCGAUGCUGCUGACCCCAGCCUCCCGUCUGAGCUCAUCACUGUCCCGCUGCUUGCAAACUCUGCUCUGAAAGCACAGCUUGUGAGAAUGCCACGGUUGCAGACAGACCAUUUAUUCAGUUUUAUAUCAUAGAGGCUGAUGGUCAUCAUGGGGUGACCUACCAGAAUGUAUUAAAGUAGGGGUGGGUAGUUAAAGCAGAGGGUUGGUUGGCACAGUGUUCACUGUCUGCUGUAUAUUCCAGCCAUUCUACAGAUCUGUGGUCUCCAAAUCUUGUCCAGUAGGGCCUGGUUCAAACCACAGUUCGUCCUACUACUGUUCCAGCUAAUCAGCCUCUUUCCAAGUCCCUGAUUGGCCGGAUCAGAUGUAUUGGAGUUAAGUAAGGGGUGGGACAGCUUAGUGGAUAAGGGUUGGAGACCACUGCUGUAGAUCAGGAUAACUCAAAUAGCGGCAGAUGAAAGCAUCUUAGCUUAAAAAAAAAGUGCAUUCAGGACGAAAUUCAUGUUGUGCCAACCAGCCCCAACAUGGGUCCUGCUUAUGGGGAUGUUUGGCACAUUAACCUAUUGAAAUCCCAGAUUUAUUACACAAUAAGGCUUAUUAUUCAGUUACUACAGAGACUUCAAUGCAAACAGGUUGGGCUAUUCUUAGGUUAUAGAAGUGUGUAAUAAACAUUGCCAUGAAAGGGGUUAAAAAGCUCAAGUUUCAAAAAAGAAAUAAUCCAAGGUUUUAAUUUAAACCAAACAUUUGACAGCAACCAAAUAACAUUUUUGGAUCAGUUAAAUAUCAGAAAUGUUGAUUCAUCUUAGUGGCUUCUAUUGAACAAGAAGAAAAACAAUAACAACACAAAACUGGGCCACUUUAACAUUAAAUUUCUUUUAUUAGCUUGUAUUAAAACAUCACAGUUUAGUUAUUAUUAAUAAUAUUUCAUUUUAGCAAAUUAGUCUUUUAAAGCUAAAUCUCACUAAGUAAACUAUAGAAAGUCAUGUUUUACAACAUACCUCACUUUUGAGCUCUAGUGUUUUAUUUUAGACCAGAAAGCCCCAAAAAGAGACGGGCAGAACCGAACAAACUUCCUGUGCUGAUAGACGCUGAUGUUCCACUGCAGUUCUAUAAGAGACCUCAGUUCACUCCAGUUGAUAUUAGAGUCAAUAUUUCAUUAAAGAAACGUCACUUUUGUCCGAUCCCUGUUUUUGGCGACUCAGCCACCUCUGAUGCUGAUGCUGCAUCGCUGCUCUGCAACCCUGGCAUUCGAAGAACCCUUUGCUUUAACUCACCUAUGUCUUGUUUGUAACGAGCAUCUGCAAAUCAGGAAGUUCAGACACUGUGAUGAACACUGAUUAUCUUCGCCGUUGAUUCUGAGGGGUCAGGGGGAGGGGGAAAGAUGCUUGGGUUGGGUUCGUUAACAUGAAUAUUAAUGAUCAUAUUUAUGGCCAACCCUGGUACGGAGCAAUGAAUUUUAUGAAAAUGAAAGUAAGCUACUUCACAUGUUUACCUCAUAUGAUCCAAAUUGGCCACACCAGGGCGGGUCAUCAACUGUUUUUAUCUGUCAACACAAACUGGGCGCUAGUAUUUUAGAUUUUUAGAUUUGAAACUGUUCUUUAGAAACAAUCUAGUUUAGAUUUAGGUCAGAGGACACGUCCAUGCUUUGUACAUAAUGCUAUAUCUGUUUUUUUUUUGUCUAUUAUUGUUCUAUGACAACCUACACAUUAAUGUACCAUUAGACCUGUCAUAUAAUUAAAAUUCAUUUAUGAAUUGUCAUUUUAGAAUUAGUUCUAUAUCUACUCUAGCAUAAACAAGGGACUUAAGAGCAGAACUGCUGAGUAUUACGGCCAGAGAGCCUAAUGCAAUCAGUGAAAUGCCAAUUAAAAAUGUUAAUUUCA